GGAGGGCGUGGGCGUGGCCAGGGCGCGCUCGAGCGCGAGGCAGGAGCGCGCAGGCGCGCGCUGAGGCCAGAGCGCCGCUGCCGUCGCCGUCGCCGUCGCUGCCGCCGCCGCCGCUCGCUGCCGCCAUUUUGGAUCCGCGGCCGCCCUCAGGAGUGAGGGGCGAGCGAAAAGGAGCCAGGCCGAGGCCCCCCACCCCGGCGUCCGGCUUCAGCAAAGCAGCAACAGCAGCCGCUGCCGCCGCCAUCCGGCCUGCGGGAUGAGGAGGCGGCGGCCUGGCCGCGAUACGUGAGAAGAUGUUAGCCACCGAUGUCCGGGAAGAGCAACUUGCGGACCGCCUGCCUGCCGUCUUUUAAGAGGAGAAAUUUUGCCACGGCCCAUAACUGGGAUGGACCCUCAGCACACUGCUAUGUUAGGGUUGGGCUCUGGUUCUGAAGGGUUUUCUGGGAAGAGCCCCUCCGUGGGCGCCACGGGAGCUAGGCGAGAAGCCGAGGUUGAUGGUAGCGCAAAGGAGGAAGAGGAGGAGAAGAGGAGGAGCCGGGAGAAGAGCGGCAGCGAUGAGGCGGGGAAGGAAGGAAGCCUGUCCGAUGCCCAGCACCAGUUUUCUGUGAAGGAGACGAAUUUUUCCGAAGGGAAUUUAAAACUGAAAAUUGGCCUCCAGGCUAAGAGAACUAAGAAACCCCCCAAGAACUUGGAAAACUAUGUCUGUCGCCCUGCCAUAAAAACCACUAUUAGGCAGCCCAGGAAGGUGCAGAAAGUUGGAAAGAUGGGUGAGGAGAAGAACGACCCAGGAUCUGCGAAGCAGGACCCCUCGAAGCUGUACAAGAAAAGCGGAGAGGCUGGCCCAGCGACAGUGGAAAGCUUGCUUGCCGAGAACAGAGCCAGAGCUAGCAGUCCGGCUUUGAAGAAGCUUUCCCCUCUGCAUUCGGAAGGACUGGACUAUGCAAAACCAGCCUUCUCUGCUCCCAUCGGCGGCCGUGAUCCCGACUUGAAAGAGAGAGCCCAGGCCAACGGACCCCCAACGGUAACGGAGAAACUGGCCCAGCUGAUCUCAACCUGCCCUCCGACAAAGUCUUCCAAACCAAAGCAGAAGAAGCCGCCCAUGACGGUCGUGUCCGGAUUUGCUAAGGAUUCCGCAAAGAAGCUGCCAAUGGCCGGGGCCACCGCGGCUACUGCAACCAAGGAUUUCCUGAAGAAACCCAUUUCAGGUGGUUCCCUCGGCCUCGACUUGGGCAACAAGGAGUUUGCCAAGAAACCACCAGGUGGUGGUUCUGGAGGUUUAAUUAGUAAGGAAAACGGGAGCAAAAAACAGCCAGGCUCCUGUCCCAGCAUGUCUGGCCUCCCCAACAGGGACUACGAGAAAAGGCCGUCCGUUCUUAGCUCUCCGGUCGGACCAGUCAGCAAGGAAGGCGGAAAGAAACCACUGCUUGUGACAAGCGUGGCACCGUCUGGGAUGGCCAGCAAAGACUGCGGCAAAAGGCUACAGAUGGGGACCAGCAGUCCCAUCGGAUUGGUCAACAGGGAUCCCGGGAAAAAAUCCCUCGGCAUGGUCAGUCCGCCCGGAUUGAUUCAUAAAGACUCACUGAAGAAGCUUCCAUUACCUGGAAGCGCGGUUGGAUUAUUUAAUAAGGACAUUGCAAAGAGACACCUGGGGUCUGACGGUCCGGUCGGAUCGGUCAGCAAGGACUCGGCAAAGAAGCCGCCGAGUUUUGGGACCUCGAGCGGAUCGAUUAACAAAGAGUCCGGAAAGAAGCCAUCAGCAGCCGGGCCCCCAAUUGGGUUGAUGGCGAAAGAGUCCGGCAAGAAACACAUGGGGGUGGGCAUUAUGGCCUCUCUGACUUCAAAGGACUCUGGGAAGAAAUUGAUGGGGAGCACCAAUUUGGUGGGCUUAGCCAGCAAGGACUUGGGGGCACUGAAAGCCGAAACUGCUAACCUUCCAGCAGAUCCCUACAAGCGAUGUUGUGGCAGCGGCUCGGCCCCUCUGGAAAGCCACGGGCCCACCGGGCUUCUGAAGGACGGGCCUGGGGGCAGCAAACCAUUCGAAAAACACCUGGCAAGACAGAGCAAAGAUAGCCUCCCGGAAAAGUUGCCAUCCCAACGAGAAGUUUCCAGCGGAGGCAAAGACGGGGCCUGCAGUCAGCAGGAGAUCUCCCCCAGCGAAAAGGGCCCUUCCGAAUCCUCAAAGCAAGAGAAACAUCUCCCGGUGUAUUGCACUUCUCCCGAAUUCAGGACUGCCGGAGGUGCUUCGGAGAUCUCGACCGCCAAGUCUCCAUUUAGUGCUGUAGGGGAGGGGGGCCUCCCCUCCCCUUCCCCAACUGCCUCGGUCGCUACUCUAACCCAUAGUCCCCCAACGGCGCUGUCUCAGGUCCCUUCCAACCCGUUGCAUUCAAACCACAUGCCGGAUCUCUUAGACAGCUUGUCUGAACAGAGCAGCAAGACACCGUCUGCCUCCGAUGGCGCCCGCUCGGGUCUGAACAGGCUGGGGAAUCCCGGCUUGUACGCGACCAGCAAAGGGGUUGUUCGGGAGAUAAGCAAUCCCAACUCGGUCUGCACAGAGGAAUCGAAACUGGCCUCAGGAAAGAAAGCCAGCCUGGUUCGCGAAAGCAACCUCCACGCUUCCAUCGCCCCUUCGGUAGUCAGCUUCUCCAGCUUGUUCAACAACAAGCCCUUUCUAAAAAUGGGGUCCGUGAGCUCCUUAGGGAAACCGAGGCAAGGCCUGGAGAUCCUGAGGGGGAGCAGUAGCGCCGACUCCCAGGGCAAGCCCUUCAAGAAACGGAAAGGGAGGAAACCCCGUUGGACGAAAGCCUGCCGGUCUCCCAAAGAGCUCGACUUAGAGAGUCCCGAGCUUUUAAAAAACGUCUCUUGCGGCCCGCUGUCCAGCAGCGGCCUGGACCAGGCCAAGCUCUUUGAAAGCACGGCAGCCCCGCCCGCCUUCGCCAAGCACGACUUCCUGAAACGCCACUUGCCCAAGCUGAGUAAAAGCAGCAGCCUGCAGUCGCUCUCUCUGCUGGGUAGCGUGGAGAAGGAAUCGGGGAAAUUCUACAGUGCCCACGUGCCGACGUCCGUGAGCUGCCUGUCGGACGACUUGUUCCCCGACAUGUACAAAUCCAAACGGAACCGGUCGAAAUCCAAGGAGAUGCCCCAGUUGGAAGGGCCACCCAAACGGGCUUUGAAAAUCCCCGCCUCCAAAGUCUUCUCGGUGCAGUCCAAGGAAGAGCAGGAGCCGCCCGUCUUGCACCCGGAAGUGGAGAUCCCUUCCCUCCGCCAGAGCCUCGCGGAGCAAGCUUUCCCAAAGAAGCGAGGCCGCCCGAAACGGCAGAUCCGCUUGGGGAUCAAGAUGAAGCCACCCAUCCUCUCCGCCGCCCCUUUCGUCACUCCCGAAAAGGCGGACAAGACAGAAGACGCCAUGGACCAACCGCCGCUACCACCGCCGAGCGGGGACUUUUUCGAAAGCCGCAACCAGCUCAGCAAUACCGAAGACAACGGAGACUCGAGCGCCGGCAGCGCCAGUGACCCGGAAGGCGAACCGGAGCACCAGGAAGUCAAACGUAGCAACGGUCAGCUGGUGAAAACCAUCAUCCGGAAAAUCAACAAGAUGAAGACCCUCAAGAGGAAGAAGAUCCUGAACCAAAUCCUCUCCUCUUCCUCAACGGAGCCCAGUAAGGGGAAAGUCCAAGCCAAAGCCCACACCAGCGUCUCCAGCUUGGCGGCCACCUUCAGCACCAAACUGGGCCAGCAGAUCAACGUCAGCAAGAAAGGAACCAUCUACAUAGGAAAGAGACGGGGCAGGAAGCCCAAAGCCAGCUUGACCAGCCUUCUGGCGGCCAGUUCGAGUUUCGCCAUCCUGGAGAAAUCAAGCCAACAGGCCAGCGGAGGGAUGCUGGGACCAGCAGGCACCCCCUUGCUCCCAUCCGGCUCCAGUAGCAACCCCGAGGUUCUUCCGUCCCCUGUUUGCUCUCAGUCGUCGGGCACCAGCGGAGGACAGAGCCCCAUCAGCAGCGACAUGAGCUUCGUGGAGCCCAACUCGGUGCCCUGUUUCCACCUGCACAGCCGGCAAGGGAGCGUGGUUCAGACCUUGGCGAUGAGGAAGGCCUCGCGGGCCAGGAGGAGGCUCUCCCCUCCUACCCUGCUCCCCAACUCCCCUUCCCACAUGAGCGAGCUGGGCUCCCUGAAGGAAGCCACCCCGUCCCCCAUCAGCGAGUCCCACAGCGACGAGACCGUGCCCAGCGACAGUGGCAUUGGCACUGAUAACAACAGCACGUCGGACCGGGCGGAGAAGUUCUGCGGGCCGAAAAAGCGCCGGCACUCCUUCGAACACGUCUCCCUGGUGGCCCCCGAGGCCUCCGCCGUCCUGGGCGGCCUGAAGGAGAAGCACAAGCACAAGUGCAAGCGCCGCGGCCACGACUACCUGGCCUACGACAAACUGAAGCGGCCCAAGCGCAAGCGGAAGAAGAAGUUCCCGCAGCUGCGGGGCAGGCAGGACCCCGAUUUCCUGGCCGAGCUGGAGGAGCUGAUCAGCCGGCUGAGCGAGAUCCGGAUCACGCACCGCAGCCACCAUUUCAUCCCCCGGGACCUGCUGCCCACCAUCUUCCGUAUCAACUUCAACAGCAUCUACAGCCACCCCAGCUUUUCCCUGGACCCUUUGCACUACAUCCGCAAGCCGGAUUUGAAGAAGAAGCGGGGGCGCCCCCCUAAAAUGCGGGAAGCCAUGGCCGAGAUGCCCUUCAUGCACGGCCUCAGUUUCCCGCUUUCCGGUACUGGAUUCUACCCUUCCUACGGCAUGCCUUAUUCUCCUUCGCCCCUGGCGGCACCCAUCGGCCUGGGCUAUUACGGACGCUACCCCCCAACCCUUUACCCUCCUCCCCCCUCCCCUUCGUUCACCACCCCGCUUCCUCCGCCCUCUUACAUGCACGCCGGCCACCUGCUCCUCAACCCCGCCAAAUACCACAAGAAGAAACACAAGCUGUUGCGCCAGGAGGCUUUCUUGACCGCCAGCCGGGCCCCGCUUCUCUCCAUGAGCACCUACCACCCCAGCGUCCCGCCCGAGAUGGCCUACAGCUGGAUGCUGGAGCACAAACACCGUCACCGUCACAAGCACCGGGAACACCGCUCCUCGGAGCAGUCGCCGGUCUCCCUCGAGGCCUUGGCGCCCGCCGGCUCUUCUUCGCGGACGGUCUUGGAGUCCCUGAAGCGCUACAGGUUCGGCAAGGAAGCCGUGGCCGAGAGGUACAAGCAUAAGGAGAAGCAUCGCUGCCACAUGACUUGCCCGCACCUCUCGCCCCCCAAGGGGCUGCUGGGACGAGAGGAGCAGUGGUCCCGGCGGGAGACCGCCGAAAACGGGCCCCGGACUUUGGGAUUACAAACCCCUUUGCAGAUAGACUGCUCCGAUUCUCCUCCCAACCUCCCGCUGGGAAGGUUCACUCCGAGUUCCGAGCCGGCCAGUAGCGACGAACACACCAAUCUUUUCACCAGUGCAAUAGGCAGCUGCCGCUCCACGGGCUCAGCCGGCAGCCGUAAGAAACUGCCCGAGGGCUCCGGACUUUUCAGCCCCCAAGAAGGAUCGCUCAGCCGACCCCUCCGGAAGGAGACCUUGCCUCCGAUGGAGAAGGUCGUGCAAGGCCUUUCAGGCACCCCUCCAGGCCAGGAGAAAGUCUCGCAGAGAUCAGUGGAGAGCACCAGCUGCAGUCCUUCCAGGAAGCGGUCUUCCUCCGAGAGCACAUCCUCCACAGUCGUUGGGAUCCCCUCGCGUGGUUCCAGAAUCAGCUCCUCUAUGGAAGAUUCCGCCGACCACCUCCUGCAGCGCAUGGCUCACCACGAGAGCCAGGGGGCCUUGGACAAGACCCUGGAGUCCGUCUUGACCAGCGUCCCCACCCUGCCCUCGGACAGUCCCAGCCGCAGCCCCGGCCGGGAUAAAUCUUGCGAUCUCUUGCUCCCCGGGAAUCCCGCUGGCGGCGGCAGCGGCGGCAGCAACGGCCUCUCCCUCCUCUCCCCGCACCACCACUUCAAGAGGAGCAUGGUGGAAGCCAUGCAAAGCCAGACCCGCCGGAUGUGCAGUUACGACAAGAUCUUGGCCACCAAAAAGAACUUGGACCACGUCAACAAGAUCCUCAAAGCCAAGAAGCUCCAAAGACAAUCACGGACCGGCAACAAUUUCGUGAAACGCCGGCCGGGGAGGCCCAGGAAGUAUCCCUCGGCGCCGGUGGUCUCCUCCCACGGGCUCCAGGUCAGCCGAUUCCUCGGCCCCGAGCUCAGCAGCAGCAGCAGCAGGGAGCCCGGCUGUCUCCUCCACCGUGGCCCCGACACAGUGACCGACGCCAUCGAGUCAGUGGUCCAGGGCGUGAAUGAGAAAGGGUCGAAGAGGAAACGGUGGCUGGAAGAAGAGCUAACGAGGAAGAAGCAGAAACCGCUCCCCAGCGAGGAGCAAGAAAGCCAUAAAAGCUUUUCAGAAGCCGCCCCGGACCCUCUUCCUCCUCCUCCUCCCCCUCCCCCUCCUCCCCCACCUCCCCUCCCUCCCCCUCCUCCCCCCUCGGAGGCUGCUGGGAAGCCCCCGGAGAAAGCCGAACGGCCGCCGGCCCCCCUGGUCCAGCGCGAGAAGAAAGCAGCCCGCCCUCCGAAGAAGAAGUACCAGAAGGCCGGCCUCUAUUCGGAUGUCUACAAGACCAGCGACCCCAAAAGCCGCCUGAUCCAGUUAAAGAAAGAAAAACUAGAAUACACGCCUGGAGAGCACGAAUACGGCUUGUUCCCUGCGCCUAUUCACGUAGGAAAAUACCUUCGGCAAAAGCGAAUCGACUUUCAGUUGCCUUACGACAUUCUCUGGCAGUGGAAGCAUAACCAGCUGUAUAAAAAGCCAGAUGUCCCACUUUAUAAAAAGAUCCGAUCAAAUGUUUAUGUGGACGUCAAACCUCUGUCUGGUUACGAAGCCACCACCUGCAACUGCAAGCAGCCCGACGACAGCCGGAAAAGCGGUUGCCUGGAUGACUGUUUGAACAGGAUGAUCUUCGCCGAGUGUUCGCCCAACACGUGUCCGUGCGGGGAGCAGUGUUGCAACCAGCGGAUCCAGAGGCACGAGUGGGUGCAGUGUCUCGAACGCUUCCGGGCGGAGGAGAAAGGCUGGGGCAUCCGGACCAAGGAGUCCCUAAAAGCCGGGCAGUUCAUCAUUGAGUACCUGGGCGAGGUCGUCAGCGAGCAGGAAUUCAGGAACCGGAUGAUUGAGCAAUACCACAACCACAGUGACCACUACUGCCUCAACUUGGACAGUGGGAUGGUGAUUGACAGCUACCGCAUGGGGAACGAGGCCCGUUUCAUCAACCACAGCUGCAACCCCAACUGCGAGAUGCAGAAAUGGUCGGUCAACGGCGUUUACCGGAUCGGACUCUACGCAUUGAAGGACAUGCCGGCCGGCACCGAGCUGACUUACGACUACAAUUUCCACUCCUUCAACGUGGAGAAGCAGCAACUCUGCAAGUGCGGCUUUGAGAAAUGCCGAGGGAUCAUUGGCGGCAAGAGCCAGCGGAUGAACGGCCUGCUCAGCAAAGCCAACCAGAUGGUCACGGCACAGAGGCGGCCGAGUCGGUCCAAAGAGAAGAGGAAGUCCAAGCACAAGUUGAAAAAACGGAAGGGCCACAUUCCCGAAGAGCCCAGCGAUAACUCCACCCCCCCAACUCGGCUGACUCCCCAACUGCAGAUGAAGCCCAUGUCCAACAGGGAAAGGAAUUUUGUGCUGAAACACCACGUUUUCCUGGUACGCAACUGGGACAAGAUCCGUCAGAAGCAGGAGGAGGUCAAACACGACAGCGACAACCUCCACUCACCCUCGUUGUACACCCGCUGGAAUGGGAUGUGUCGCGAUGAUGGCAACAUCAAAUCCGAUGUCUUCAUGACCCAGUUCUCCGCCCUGCAGACCGCCCGCUCGGUGAGGACGCGACGGUUGGCGGCCGCCGAAGAAAACCUCGAAGUGGCCCGAGCAGCGCGCCUCGCACAGAUCUUCAAGGAGAUCUGCGACGGCAUCAUUGCCUACAAAGAUUCCUCCAGGCAAGUCCUGGCCACUCCUUUGCUGGUUGUCCCUCCGAAAAAAAAGAAUGCCGAUUACUACGAGAAGAUCUCGGACCCCCUCGAUCUCACCACCAUCGAGAAGCAGAUCCUGACGGGCUACUACAAAACGGUGGAGGCUUUCGACGGGGAUAUGCUGAAGGUCUUCCGCAACGCCGAGAAAUACUACGGCCGCAAAUCUCCGAUCGGGCGGGACGUCUGCCGGCUGCGGAAAGCCUAUUACAACGCCCGUCACGAAGCGGCCGCUCAGAUCGACGAGAUUGUGGGCGAGACAGCCAGCGAGGCGGACAGCAGCGAGACCUCCCUGUGCGAGAAGGAGAGCGGGCACGAGAAGGACGAAGACGUCAUCCGUUGCAUCUGCGGCUUGUACAAGGACGAAGGGCUGAUGAUCCAGUGUGACAAAUGCAUGGUUUGGCAGCACUGCGACUGCAUGGGUGUGAACUCGGAUGUCGAACACUACCUGUGUGAACAGUGCGAGCUGCGCACAGUCGAUCGGGAGGUACCGAUGAUUCCCCGGCCUCAUUACACCCAACCGGGCUGCGUUUACUUCAUCUGUCUGUUACGGGACGAUCUCUUGCUCCGUCAAGGAGACUGCGUGUACCUGAUGCGAGACAGCCGAAGGACCCCCGACGGCCACCCGGUCCGGCAGUCGUACCGCCUGCUGUCCCACAUCAACCGCGAAAGGCUGGAUAUCUUCCGGAUCGAGAAGCUGUGGAAAAACGAGAAGGGGGAACGCUUCGCCUUCGGCCACCACUACUUCCGCCCGCACGAAACCCACCACUCGCCCUCUCGCAAGUUCUACCACAACGAGCUCUUCCGGGUGCCGCUGUACGAGAUCAUCCCUCUGGAGGCGGUGGUGGGCACCUGCUGCGUGCUGGAUCUCUACACCUACUGCAAAGGAAGACCCAAAGGGGCAAAGGAACCGGACGUUUACAUCUGCGAUUAUCGGCUGGACAAGUCGGCCCAUCUCUUCUACAAAAUCCACCGUAACCGCUAUCCGGUCUGCACCAAAUCCUACGCCUUCGACCACUUCCCGAAACGGCUGGCGCCGAAAAGAGACUUCUCGCCUCAUUACGUACCAGACAACUACAAGAGGAACGGAGGCAGGUCAUCUUGGAAGUCCGACCGCUCCAAGUCCCAAAACAAAGACCUGCCUCAGGAGGAGGAGCCUCUCCCCCUUCCGGAAGAGGGGAUCGCCAAUCCGGAGCCCCCUCCCGGAGAGCCGCCGGCCCACCCCGAGGAGCCCGAGAAAGAGGCCCCUUCCCUGGAGAACGUCGAGCUGGAGAAAAAGGCCGAGGAGGGCAGCCCCGAGCCCAGGGAGCCUUGCAGCCCGGAAGAACGCCGGCACCUGCAGCGGGAGCGGCUGAACCAAAUACUCCUCACCCUCUUAGAGAGAAUCCCAGGAAAAAAUGCCAUCGACGUCACCUACCUGUUGGAGGAAGGCUCCGGAAGAAAGUUACGACGUCGCACCCUCCUCCUCCCCGAGAGCAGCUGCAGGAAGUGAACCCGCGUCCGUGUGUUUUUCUCGCCCCGCCACCCCCCGCACACCGCCCGCUUGCCCACCCACCCCUCACACCCCCUGCAGCAAAGGGUGCGUCUUGCAAUUCAAUCCGGGCGUUAAGACUGACAGCCGGGCCGGGAUUUUUGGACCCCUUUCCGCCCUUCCUGCGUCUCUCAGCGGUCCUGGAGGAAGCAACCGGUGGCAAGGAGCGGCCGAAGCCCCCUCGGUCCGGCCGAGCGGAAGGAAACUGACGAAACGGUUCUGUAGCACUUAGACCCUGCACUUGGGCAGGCAAGCCCCCUCCCACCCACAUCCCCCCCCUACCCACCCACAUCCCCCAGGAGCCUUCAGCACUGGGAGGCGGUGGGGGGGGGAGCCAGCCCUGCCAUCUCGUUCCUCUUAAGGUACUAAGGAAAAAAAGGCGCUCUCCGACGGGGGACGGGACAGUCACCGUUUUAAUUUAAUUUAUUCUUUUUAUUCCCCUGCCCCAUUUCACUCCGAUGGUCCAGAGGGAGAAAAAAACGAGGCAUCGCCUAGAAAAGCAGCGGGGGGGGGCACCUGCCCUGAUGCGCCCCCCCCCCUCGUCGGUCCUGCCCUUUCCUAAAUCAGGGGAAUUAUCCGGGCACCGAGGUCUAGCCACCCCUAAAGCAUUUUACAAAAAAUCUAUCUAUCUAUCUAUCUAUCUAUAUCUUAUAUAUUAAAAAAAAAAAAAAAAACCGACAGGCACCGGAACGAGACGGGGGAAGAAUUUCCCUGCCGGACAUUUUGCACAGAGAGGAAGUGUUGCGUUCCCUACAAAUUGCCCCCCAGGGAAACCACGGUUGGAUUUUCGGAAGCACUUGGGUUCCAUUUCGUGCAUCCCCAGGGAAGGAUGGGACGAAGGGGAUGCUGCGCUUAAAUUUUAAUUUUAAAUUCUUUUUUUUCCUCCUCCUUUUUUCUAAAAAGCAGGUUCCGGGCUCAGAAAAGUCCCCCUUCUUCUUGCAGGCUUUUCCCGUCUUUCAUUUUUCCUCUUCUUUCUUCCCUUCUUUUUAUUUUUUUUUAAACAUCGCCUUUCCCGCCCGCCCCCUCCUGCCCCCUUUCGUACUCAGCUGUCGUUCUCUUGUGCGUCCGGUGUAUAUCGCGGCGGGGGGGGGGGGGAACAAAAACCUCGAGAAGGAGGGAGGGUGGGAAAAGCCAGAGAAAAUCUCCCACACCCCAAUGAUACGAGAAGGAGAGGAAAAUAUAUAUAUAUAUGUAUAUAUAUUCCCUUUUCACUACACGAACCGUGGAAACAGUAUUUCUGAGCGAGCGAGCGUCUUGUCGCGAAGCUGUCGAGGCGACUGGACCCACUGAUGACACUACUCCUUUGCGGGGAGGGGGGGUUCCCCUUUUUUUUAAAUUUUCCUUUUUUGUUGUGCCCCCCCCCCCCCCCGUUUUUCUUUUUUUUUUCUUUUCAAUUUCAAAAGACAAAACUGUACAGCUUGCAAAGCAGCUGCCUCUUAAAGAAGCAGUGUAAUUUCGCACUCCGCCUCUUCGGCCAGGGACAAAGGGCGGGGUGUGUGUGUGUUAAAAAUUAAAAAUAAAAAUCAUCAUGGAAGACGCCGGCUGGACGACGAAAAAAAAAACAAGGAUUUUCUUGAGGGGCGGGAGUGUUGUUUGUUUGUUUUUCUAAUUCUUCUUCUCCCUUCCCCCCUUCUGGUUUGCUGCAAAAAAAAAAAUCCAGACUUUCCAACGCGGGGAAAAUAAAAAAAAAAAAUCAAAAGAGACUUUCUGCAAAGUUUUCCCGAGCAGCGAAAGAAAAAUCAAAAGUUUUUGGGGGGUUUUGUUUUGUUUUUUUACACUGGCUCUUUAACGUGGCUUCCCGCUCUUUGUCUCUUCGGCUGUUCACAUGCAUAUCCUUGGUCCUGUUUUUUGGUGUCCUUAUAAACAAAAAAAACCCUGUUUUUAAAUGUGCCAAGUUGUAUAUAUCUUAAACCUUUCCUUUUUAUUAUUUUUCUCUCUCGUGUGAUUGUAAAGCAAUAUUGGUAGCCCUCUCUCUCUCUCUCUCUUUAUCUCUUUAUCUCUCUUUCUCCGUGUUCCUUCCGGACGGACCAAUUUUUUUGUCCAACCAC